CUGGUGUUGGUGAUGUCUUUACUAUCCAGGGACAUAGUACAUGCCCAGACAAUGUGUCACUACCAACAGUCAUAUCCACUGGUUCUGGUUGUCUGUACAAAGGUUCGAUGUAUCACCAAGGAGACAGUUGGGAAGAUGGCUGUGACUACAACUGUACUUGUGAUGAUGAACAAAGUGGACAUUUUUCAUGUAAUGCUCUUUGUCCGGUGUAUGACCAUUUGCCUAAAAUAUGUAAAGAAGUCAUACCAAACGGUCAAUGUUGUGGUCAUGUCGAAUGUAGUCCCGUUAGACCACCCCUCCCUACAGCUAUAUAGGCAAGAAAAGAAAAGAAAGAAAAGCAUUUAA